AGGAGGAGGAGAAGGAGGAGGGAGGGAAGGAAGGAGGAGGCGGCGGCGGCAACCAUUACAAACAAUAGACGCACAAACCUGUGGGAGGAGGGAUGGCCUAGGGCCCCGGGGGGAAGCCUGGCGCUCGAGUUGGUGGAGGGACUUGUGGUACAGCGCCCGCCAGGAGGCGAAAGGCAGAAGGUCGCUUCGAGGAAUACUGCACCCUAGCUGGAUCGUCUGCUUGUGCUGUGGAUCUGCCUGAGACUGGAACCCGAAGCAUUGAGCUUUGGCACAUUUAUUGCUGAGGGGGAACAGAUUGGAACUCUCCACGCUACAUUUUUCUGAGGGGAGAGAAGCCGCUUGAGGUCAGCAACAUGUCCAUCACCAACACCCCGACCAGCAAUGAUGCCUGCUUGAGCAUCGUGCACAGUUUGAUGUGCCAUCGGCAAGGCGGGGAGAGCGAGACAUUUGCGAAAAGGGCAAUUGAAAGCCUGGUGAAAAAGCUGAAGGAAAAGAAAGAUGAGCUUGACUCGUUGAUAACUGCUAUAACAACUAACGGAGCCCAUCCCAGCAAGUGUGUCACAAUCCAGAGAACACUAGACGGCAGACUCCAGGUUGCUGGUCGUAAAGGUUUCCCACACGUGAUUUACGCUCGGCUCUGGAGAUGGCCUGACCUUCAUAAAAAUGAACUUAAACAUGUAAAAUAUUGUCAGUAUGCGUUUGACCUGAAAUGUGACAGUGUUUGCGUGAACCCUUAUCACUACGAGCGUGUGGUUUCCCCUGGCAUCGAUCUUUCAGGAUUGACGCUGCAGAGUUCAGUAAAAGAUGAAUUUGCAAAUGAAUAUGUACAAGUUGAGGGACAGCAAUCUCUGUUGAGCACUGAAGGACACUCGUUGCAGACAAUCCAGCAUCCGCCUAGCGCCAGGCCGGUAGCAGAAACCUACAGUGGACCGGCCAUGCUAACACCAGAUACCAGCAGCCUCAGCAUCCCCAAUUUCCCCAGCCUUCCCGUUGCCACCACCAGUCAGCCCAGCAGCAUGUUACCUGUGAACCACACCGAAGGACUAAUACAGAUUGCUACCGGCCCUCAGCAAGCAGCACAGCAGAAUGGCUUUCCAGCGCAGCCGGCAAACUACCAUCGCAGCAGCUCUACAACUUGGACAGCAAGCAGAACAGCACCAUACACCCCAAACCUGCCCCACCACCAGAAUGGGCAUCUUCAACACCACACGGCUAUACAUCACACUGGCCACUACUGGGCAGUGCACAACGAACUUGCCUACCAGCCUCCCAUUUCCAAUCAUCCAGUCCCCGAAUACUGGUGCUCGAUUGCUUACUUCGAGAUGGACGUGCAGGUGGGGGAGACAUUCAAGGUGCCUUCCAGCUGCCCUGUUGUCACUGUGGACGGGUAUGUGGAUCCCUCGGGAGGAGAUCGCUUCUGUCUCGGCCAGCUCUCCAACGUCCACAGGACAGAAGCCAUUGAAAGAGCCAGGCUGCACAUCGGGAAAGGUGUGCAGCUGGAGUGCAAAGGGGAAGGUGACGUGUGGGUGCGGUGUCUCAGCGACCACGCGGUGUUUGUGCAGAGCUACUACUUGGAUCGAGAAGCGGGGCGUGCGCCCGGCGAUGCCGUUCACAAGAUCUAUCCAAGUGCUUACAUCAAGGUGUUUGACUUACAUCAGUGUCACCGUCAGAUGCAGCAGCAGGCGGCCACAGCUCAGGCAGCGGCUGCUGCUCAGGCGGCUGCUGUGGCUGGAAACAUCCCUGGGCCGGGCUCCGUGGGAGGCAUCGCUCCGGCCAUCAGUCUCUCUGCAGCAGCCGGGAUAGGAGUGGACGACCUUCGACGGCUGUGCAUCCUCAGGAUGAGUUUUGUGAAAGGCUGGGGACCCGACUACCCUCGGCAGAGCAUCAAGGAGACCCCCUGCUGGAUCGAGAUUCACCUCCACCGCGCCUUGCAGCUCCUGGAUGAGGUCCUGCACACCAUGCCCAUCGCAGAACCCCAGCCCCUGGACUGAGCUCCGCUUCACAGCCACUGUCCUGUAGGGUAGGGGGGAGGGAAGGACGUUAGGGUUAGGGGGAAAGGGGGGGAACGAGAGAUCAGACUGUAGAGUUUAACCGUGUUUAUUAACCUGGUUAACAAAUUGAUGUAUUUUAUGUAUCUUCAGCAGAUUAUUUCAGAACCAAACUGUUGUGAGGCACACAGAAUAAUCCUUCAAGUAACAGCUGUUCUCUUUGCUAUUGGAGUUGCACAUUGUUUCUCUCCUCAAUGUUGAGUCAGUCUCACUGUGUGUGUGGGGGGGACGCGGCUGGUGUUA